AGGAGAUCAGCGUAUCACGACUGAACUUUGCAAAUAAUUAUUUUUGAUCGUUUAGGUUUGUAGUUGUCAUAUAAAUAAUAUCGCGGGCCGUAGUGUCAACAUUGACGCGAACUUUGACCCCUUUCGAACGGCCGCAAGGGUUAAAAGUGUUGCAAAGACGUAGCCCACAUAGUAGACUGUCAAUCCGACAGCAGUCGAACACGUUAGUGCCAAAUUUAAGAGUUUCGUUGACCCGGCCAGUAUUAUCAAUUUAAUCGGGGAUAUAGACUGAUUCGUUAUUGUUGAACAUGGGUGCUAAGGGUAGCGUUGAAGCAGCCAAGAUUAACGUUCAAAACUGGAAUAAUCUCGAGCACAAGUCGCACAAGUCUGUUCAUCAACGUUCCCAGUCCCUGAACCGGGGACUUCGUGGUCACCAGUGGGGCAGUGGUCGGGGUGGCGGCAGCGACUUCGGCCACAGCGGCAGCGACAUGUGGUGACAGCGGGGGCAGUGCCAGUGUCCCGCUGCCGCCAUGGGCAACAAGCUCAGUUGCUCCUGCGCCCCGCUUAUCCGGAAAGCGUACCGUUACGAGGAUUCGCCGUGGCAGACCGCCAGGCGUCGUGACGGACAUCUUUUACGAUUAUGGGCGGAAGUUUUCCAUGUAUCGGCAAGCGGUGCCGGUACGGUGAAAUGGCAGCAAGUGAGCGAAGACUUGGUCCCAGUAAACAUUACGUGCAUCCAGGACUCCCCAGAAUGCGUCUUUCACAUUACUGCUUACAACUCGCAAGUCGACAAGAUACUUGACGUCCGAUUAGUUCAACCAGGAACAAGAAUUGGACAAGCGUCAGAAUGUUUCGUCUAUUGGAAAGAUCCUAUGACAAAUGAUACAUGGGGACUGAAUUUCACAUCCCCUAUUGAUGCCAAACAGUUUAGGGAGUGCUGCUGUGAUCAAUUGCAGUCGCCUUCUUUCAAGUUUUCGCGGAAGGCGUCGUCUUCCUACUCAUUAAAGCUGGAGCCUCCCAGUAAACAGAAGUUCAAGGCAAAGCGCAAACCCCUAAGCACCCCCGCAUCGCCGAGUCGCGCUUCGUCAGGCAGGGAGCCCCAAUGUACUUGCAUGACCGCUGAACAAUAUGCUAGAUUAAAGGCUCAGGAUCCUCGGUAUAGAGGAUCUUCCACUUUACCGAGGGCCCAGACGAGAUCGACUGACACCGAAACAAGAACUGAAAAGGUUACAGCCGCUACAUCUUCGACGAGCCUUUACGAUAAUGUUGGUGCUACAACACAGACUGUUACCACACAAGCUUCAACAAAACCUGCUCAAAGGGAAGGAAGCCAGAUAAAGCAGACUCGGGAUCGCGGCGUGCCUCAGCAGUCCCAAGAGACGAGCACAAUGACGUCAAAUACCGCUACAGGACCAAAGACUGUCACCGCAUCAAUAGGAACUCAAAAUAAUGUAGGUUCACAGGCUGCUCAAACUGAAAGUCCUCCCCAAACCCAGUCUACCGAAACAGAAAAGUCAAAAUCGGAAGCAAUCCAAGCCGGAGGUACUCUACAACCUCCAACCACCCGAACCUCUUCCACUUCCACGAGACAGCCACUGAGAGAAAACGUCCACCAUGUGCUUACCAAUACCCGAUCUGUGGAUUAUCCUGACAUGGACGUCAUCAGGGAUGCGGAAUUGCGAGCAGCUCAUCAAAAUAUGUUGAACAACAACAGCGAUAACAUAACCAACAGGAGAAACAAAUCAAAGAGUACCGAAGACAUGAAUAGGGAGAGUGGAAUGAAUUUGGAUAGUAGCACGUUGAAAAGAAUGCUUAAACCCAUGCCUAGUAUAGAGAGUCCUGUGACGUCUCCGGAAGUUGGAAGGAAACGAUAUGGGUAUUACAACACUUACCAUCAUCGUCAUCCAGUAAGCAAUGGGAGAUACUCUGAACCAGAGUCCACUAGACCUCAUCCACGUUCUGCCAUGUCACAGACCUCUCGGUUUUCAGGAUCAAGAUCGUCCCAUGAAAUAGGUCGCGGUUACCCGGGACGUGGCUUAUACUUAGAGUUGGAACGCAGUGGUGGAGGCGGUGGGGGUCCCCCUGGAGAUUUGUCACCACCCUCAGACAACGUCAUCUUUGAUAACCAGUGCUACGCCACAACGCCCAGUUCGAGCAAUGGUAAUUCUGAUCCUGAGCAACACUAUCACGGACAACGUGGUCCUAGGGGACAUCAGCAUCAUCACCAGAAUGCGACCGAAAUGCCAACACCCGGAUCGCCAACAAGCAGGUUACUAUUGGAGUACGAAAUGCAUCUCCGAAAUACCCUGGCGAAGGGGAUGGACGCUGAAAGCUACAGUCUGCACACGUUUGAAGCGCUUUUGACACAAAGCAUGGAAAAUCUAGAAUUCGCGGAGAGUUUGCCGGGUUCCAAUCAGAGAAGUCCUUAUCCGACUAGAAAAGGUCACAGACUAGAUCGUUCGUCUAGUAUAGGACGAGAACGAGAGAGAGAUAGAGACAGAGACGGUUAUUAUAGUGAUAGAAAUGAACUUCUAAGAGAAAGGGAGAAAGAAAGAGAAAGAGAACGUGGAUAUCUUAGUGACCACAAUACUAGCUACAGCUCACGAUGCGCUUCCUGUAUUGGAGAAUCGAGCAGAGCUCAGUGGUUCCGGCAUUCUGAUGGUUGGAGGUCUGGCAGCUCCACAUACAGUUCAACCCAGGGUUUCCCCCAACCUCCCACUGGUCAUAAGAGAUCCGCAUGGGAUUCUCUUCCAUCCCUUCGACAAGACAGCAGCUUAAAUGAUAGCGGUUACAAGAGUGGAAGGACCGAUUCUUUUGAACAACGAAGUCUGUUCGACAGACAGGACAGCUUACGAUCGGAUUACAUGAGCGAUCGCGAGUCCAGAUACGGCAUUGUCCAGCAGGCCUCGAUAGAAAGUGCCGACUCGCGGCUAUGCUACCUAACGUCGUCGGAGAUAUCUGAUGAUGAGCGUAUGUCCCUUACCACGGCUGUAUCGGAUGAGGACGAUGGCGAGAGCGUUAUGAAUUCACCGUACAAAGCGAAACAAACUGGAACAGCCGCUGCCUCUUUUAAUUGCACAGGUGCCGUCAGGAAAGCCGGAUUUCUGAGCGUCAAGAAAUGGCUGUUGCGGAAAAAGCACCAAAUAGAAUUAGCUAGAAAAAGGGGCUGGAAGGGAUACUGGGUCUGUUUAAAAGGAACAACGCUGCUUUUCUAUCCCUGCGAUUCGAGAGAAGGUCGGUCGGUCGAAGCUGCCCCCAAACAUCUUAUUAUCGUCGACGGAGCGAUAAUGCAACCCAUCCCUGAACAUCCCAAGAGGGACUACAUUUUCUGUCUUAGCACAGCCUUUGGAGACGCCUAUCUUUUUCAAGCUCCUUGCCAGGUAGGUGUUUUCUUUAAGCCGCAAUCUUCUCUAUUUGACCUUUUUCCAUUUAUUUCGAAAAUAAUACUUUCGGAAAUAGGAAAUCCUAACAAUUCUCAUACAUAUUCGCUAUUUCCUUUCGGAAAUCGAAAUUCAAUCAGAACUUCCUAUGCCGACUGA